GUCUGGAGCAGCAUUGCUGAAGUGGAGUACUGCAACAUUUUGUAUCAUUUUAUGUGGUCUUCAUUGCGAAGCUUCAGUUUUUUUUCUAGGACAAGAUGGGGGAGUUGCCAGCUGCAGCUGUGAAACGGACUGCCGUGGUGAUCUUGCUGCUGGCGAUGACUACCUCUUCUCUCGCCGCGACCAUCACCGUCCGAAACCAAUGUUCGAUUUGGAUCUCGGCUUGCCAAGAGUCCUACGAAAAGCCUGCAACCUGCUUUGCGUUGAGGCCGAAGACUGGGUCACGCAAGCUGAAUGUUGGUACGGUCUGGAAGUCGGGUGUCAUUUGGGGGUUCCGCAGCAGCAACGCCAAUGUUCAACAAGGAAUACUAGCCAAGCCACAGGCAAACCUGGCUGAGCUCACUCUCGGGUUAAGCAAAGUGGACUCUUACGAUCUAAGCAAUAAGUUAAGCCGCAUUUUACAAUCUGCUGGCAACAGAAUAACCAAAUUCAAUAUGGCUCACACUGAUCAACUGAUGGACAUGCUUAUUCUGUACUGGUGACUUUGGUGACUCAGUAGCGUUGGUAGCCUCGAAAUAUAUCACUCACAUCGUAGUUUGGAAUCGAGACAUGCAGAAUGCGUAUAAUCUCCCUUUGAUGAUCCACCCAACUUUCACGAACGGGGGAGUUCGACAAGGACUACACUGCGGCAGUCCCAAAUGCACCAUCCCCAAUCUGACUUCCUUCUGCAAGCCACCAAAUAAAUUGACCGGCCCACCAGGAAAUGGAUGCUACAACGUGGUAGGGCCCACGACGCCGAGUCCCACUACCUCAACUCUGGCAUUCAAGAGAGCAUGUCCCUCUUCCUACUCGUAUCACAAGGACGACACAAAAUUCAACCCAGGUGUGGUGUAUGGCUGCAAUAAUGGCAGCAACUACGAGGUCGUCUUCUGCCCAUGAAGACCCAAAGCUUGGUGCCCGAGAGCCAGUGGCACCCAGCGUCAGCGCCACGCCGUCAAAUUCACGUAGCAUUCGGUCAGAGCAGGUUUUUCCACCAUGAAAUAGUGCGUAAUUAGAGAAUACACGACGAUUGAGACAGGAAGAUUAUGCAGAGAGAGAGAGAGGGAGAGAGAGGUGGGGACUGUGUGUUGAUCUGCAGUAAGUGUGUGUGUUUUCCAGUUCAUCGAAUCGGAUAUGUCAAUAAAAUUC